AUGCCUUCUUCCCCCCCUAGAAAGCGACCCAUCGCCGACUUCUUCAGGCCAUAUGUCGCUAGUAGUGUCCCUACCAAACGGCCGUCUCCUUCGAUCGAAGAGUCAGGACAGAAGACCCCGACUGGAGGUGUCCGUUCCACGACCACUCCGAAGGCAGUCAAACAGUCUGCACAUGGACCUGCGCGAACCCCUUCAUCCUCUUCAGUCCCGUCACCGUUGUCCGCCCCUGGCUCCCGAGCCUCUCUUCCCAUCCGCAGCCCCCACCCCAAAGCUUCCAGACCUCCCAUAGAUCCGCCAUCAACAUAUAGCCAGGCGCCUCGAUUCGACAAAGACACUAGAUAUCCUUCAUCCCCCACACCAGUGAAGCCACUCUCAUUCUCAAGUUUACCAAGCUUAACCCAAGCCGUGGUCAAAGAUGGCGAGGUUAUUGAAAUCCGCGACUCGGACGAGGAAGAUUCCGACUCACUCAAGUCGCUAGAGUCGCUGGAUGAUAUUCUGGGAAUAACAAGAGGAGGUCAUCUUACUUCUGUAUCAUCUUCUCCUGAAGCAGACGAAGCAAAGCUUGAAGCCGAGCGCUUGAAAACAUUGGACCUGUUCACCAGAGGCCGUUCUAAUGCUUCCCAUAAUAAGGAGAAACUGCGAGCCCUGUAUGCAAGAGAGCGGGCGCACCAGUUCAAUAUAUCUGACAUUUUGAACGAACAUUUCGAUGAUGAGGAGCUAGAACAAAAGAUUAAGAAGUCUCGAGCGGACUUCCACGAAUCCGUCAAGGCAACGGAUGUCGAGACCAAUGCGAAUAUAGACAAAGAUUUACUGGCAGCAGUCGCAACGACCGAAGAUGGAGAGGCGGGAGUUUCAAGGCUCAUGAACGCCGUGGAACGCACGGAGGCUCUAGCAUCCAACCGUGUCUUUUUGUUCUUUGGGGUGAAUGGCCUGAAUGAUUGGCACGAUCAGUCCCCGGUGAGCUUCGGUUUCCCUGACACAGCGAUUCCGGAUCAGUUAUGGUGCCCAGGAGAUGACGAAGCUCGGUCGCGGGCCUUUUCGUCUGGGUACAUGGCUGAGCUUGCUCUCAAAGGACGGUUGUCCGACGAGGCGCUGAAUUGGAUUUUUCAAAGUGUCGUCCUUGAGCGAGAGGAUGACGUACGGUCGGCGUAUAUCCAGUGCCUUCAAAAUGCAAGUUCUUCGUGGACCAGAACGAGCCUGACUCCUGAAGACGUGCAGGCUGUUUUCCAGACCCUGGGAGCAGACAGUGCUAGUCUUCAGGAUGCCGUCCCUAUCCAGCCCAGACAUCGCCUCCUCAGAACACCUUCCAAACGUGAUCCGCGAUAUCUCAUCGCCGCAUUGGAACUUUUCCAAUCGGUGUGUCAGGAUCUAGAUUUCAUGGCACUGAGCAGACUGACUUCGAUUGUCUGCCGACUCGCCGUGGACUGCGAGCUCAUGAGUGAUGGUCGAGUGUCCAGCAAAGUCGAUGGAAUGCUGGAAACGCUCCUUUCCUUACCGGAGCCAGGCCUGCGUUGUCACGUUGCUGAGAGUAUGAUUGCUGAUGUCGGUCACCAUCUGGAAGACGCAGUCUUGCAGGCGCACCUGCUCUCUCAUGUCCCCCCAACAUCCACGACGGCCUCCCGAGUCCGCAUCUUACUCGCGCAAUCUUUUCUCCUGGGCGUAGUAGCCAUCAAGGACAACAAAUCAUUGAUACCCCAGAUCUCUCUUGAUGUCCUCGCAGAGCAUGUGUCGACAUCAGCGUCCUUUGACACGAGACGUCGCAAAGGUCCCCAUACCCUUGACUACGUGGCUUUACGGGCCCGGACAUACAUUCUUGACAUUGCAAUAUCCGAUGGUGGCCGUCCCACGACCUUUCCCUCGCGCGCCCAAGAGGUCUCGUUCAACAGAUCCGUCGAUCAUCUGGCAGAUACCAUUCGAUCAUCAUUCAUAUCAAUAAUCGACACGGGUGCCUCGCAUAUGACCCGUACUGAGGCCAAGGAUGUUCUACAAGCCCUCCAUUGGCGCCUCCUCUACAGCGUGCGAACUGAGGUACGUCCCAAGAAGAACAUCUUCGAUGGCACGAUUGGGAGAACACGAGACGCCGAAGAAGUUCGAGUUGAGGAAAAGGGCAAGGAUUUCAUGAAACAGUUCUUGGCUCGGAAGAAAGAGAAGCAGCAGGCAAAGGUAAAAGAAAACGAUUUGCAGUCCGCGACGUCAAACGAGGCUUUCACGACAGACGUGACUGUCACAUCUUCCGAGGAGUCGCCCGCACCUUCCGAGACAGAGAGAUUGAUUCGUAAGCAGCUGGAGCUGAGCGAAUGA